ACUUCCGGGGCACGUUGGAAAACAGAAGCAUUUACUUCCGGGUUUUCGGCAUUCGAAAACCGAAACAUUUGGCUUCCGAGACAUUAGACAACCAAGGUACCCCUACUAUAAACCUGAUUUCUUUAAAGGAGAAAAAGAAAGUCUGAAACGGCCAUUCUGCAGCAGCUGACCCCUGGCUCAAAUCCUGCGGCUUCUUCAGUGUGUGUGGCGUCGUGGCAAACAUGCUGUGAUUCCACAUGGUUUGUGGCAGGAAGUCUUCAGCUGGGCAUUGCAGGGGGUUGGACUAGAUGACCCCUGGAGCCCCUUUCAACUCUACCGUCCUAUGACUGUAUGCAAUCCUCCUCUUGGGUCCAACCAGUUCUUCCUCUGUCUCCUUUGGAUACCAACUCCUGAUGGCAGCAUGUUAGCAGCAAGGCCUGUGGACUUUGCACUGCUUGAAGGUGUCUUAAGGUGUGGAAAUAGCUUUCAGGUAUAGAUAAAGCUUAACCUGUUCUGACUUAGAUGCCCUCAGGCAUCCUCCAACCCUAAGCCCAGAUUGAAUUCGGCAGCUCAUAAUUGGCAUCUAUGAAAGCCAACAGACCAAGGUAUGCCGGUCUGGGUGGAUAUAGCGAGUGUCAUCGCUUAGACAUGUGAGCAGGAGAAAUCUCACCCGCCCUGAUCAAGGAAGGAAGGGACCAUUUGCCGCAAAAAAUACCCACCACACCCUAUGCCCAUCUCAUUUUUCAUCUGCUUAGUUCCACUGCUGUGCUCUGAGUUGCCUAAGGGCACCGCAAGGGCAGGCAGGGGAACUCCUGUUUGGAGAGAAGGGUUGGUGAUGCCUCACAUUCCUGGUGAGAAGAAGCCCCAUUGGUCCUGCCAGAAGCUGGACAUGACCCUCCCAGUCUCAUGUGGGCCAACAGUUACUUUUCAGAGUAUAUAAAGCAGCCCCAAGAAGUGAGGAUGUUCCGUUCCCCGCGUGACGAAGACAUCCACCAGCGAUGAAGGCCCUUCUGAUCUUCGUGGUGGCUGGAAGCUUCUUCAUGCAGCCAACUGGUUCACUGAAGUGUUACACCUGCAACACCCAGGUCAACAACAAUAACUGCAAAGGACAGCAAAACUGUGACGGAAUUGGACAAGUAUGCAAAACAGAUGUCAUUGGUGUCGUGGGCCUUUUCAACGUCAUCUCGAAAGAAUGUACCGCGUCCUGUGAUCCUUACUUCAGCGACUUCAAGGUGGGAAGAAGGAAUGUCUCCUGCUGUUCCACCGACCUCUGCAACGUCAACGGUGCCUCCGACUUCAAGAUGGGUUACAUCCAAGUGGCCUUGGCCCUUUCUGCCAGCCUUGCCUGCAUCCUUCUCCGAAGCAGGCUCUGAGGAGAGGGCUGCGCGUGUAGCUGUACAGAAGAGAAACCAAAUCUAGAUUCUUUCCCACUAAAGUGACAUUCAAAACCUUAUAGAUCUGUUGAACGGCACUGACGGGUCUC